UGCUGCUUUGCCUAAGACCUACUUAUUAUUAUUUUUUUUCUUUGUCAGCUGCCUGUAAUAUCAAUCACGGAGCUGAGAUCUAUUUAUAGGUUGGGACUCAGAGUGCUGUGUCCUCAGUUACAAAGAGAGCCAGAGACACGGAAGGGACUCCUGAUUUGUGCAAGCAGAACUGAAAGAUACUCACUCAGCAACACCUGAGAGAAAAGUCUCCCCUACCUUGAGGGUUUCUUAGCCCAAAGCAUUGUGGAAGGGAAUGGAUUGAGAAUAGACAGAGGCGGCGUAUCUUGUCCGAUUCUGCACUGCUGGCUACUAGGCAGAAUGUCCACAGAUGAGCGGCACUUGACCUCCAGUUGUGGAUCUUUCAUCAAGACUGAGCCAUCCAGUCCAUCCUCUGGAAUUGACGCCAUUAGCCAUCACAGUCCUAGUGGCUCAUCUGAUGCCAGUGGUGGUUAUGGCAUCACUAUAGGUGGCCAUUCUAAUGGCCUGGACUCACCACCCAUGUUCGGCAGCGCAGGGAUUGGUGGUGGGCCUUGCCGCAAGCGAUAUGACGACUGUGCCAGUGCUAUUAUGGAAGAUUCACCCACUAAAUGCGAAUAUAUGCUCAAUGCCAUCCCAAAAAGGCUAUGUCUAGUGUGUGGGGACAUUGCAUCUGGAUAUCACUAUGGAGUGGCCUCUUGUGAAGCAUGCAAAGCCUUCUUCAAGCGGACAAUUCAAGGGAACAUUGAAUAUAGUUGUCCAGCUACCAAUGAGUGUGAAAUCACAAAACGGAGGCGCAAAUCCUGUCAGGCCUGUCGUUUUAUGAAAUGCCUCAAAGUGGGGAUGCUGAAAGAAGGAGUGCGUUUGGAUCGAGUGCGUGGAGGCCGCCAGAAGUACAAAAGAAGACUGGACUCUGAAAGUAGUACUUAUCUGAGUUUACAGAUUUCCCCUCCGGCCAAAAAACCAUUGACUAAAAUAGUCUCCCACUUACUGGUGGCAGAGCCAGAGAAGAUUUAUGCUAUGCCUGACCCUACCAUGCCGGAAAGUGACAUCAAAGCAUUGACAACGCUCUGUGACUUGGCAGACAGAGAACUUGUUGUGAUCAUUGGCUGGGCAAAGCACAUCCCAGGAUUUUCUAACCUUUCUUUGGGAGACCAGAUGAGCUUACUGCAGAGUGCCUGGAUGGAAAUCCUCAUUCUGGGCAUUGUGUAUCGCUCAUUACCGUAUGAGGAUAAACUGGUCUAUGCUGAAGAUUACAUCAUGGAUGAGGAACAUUCACGUUUGACGGGGCUCUUGGAGCUCUAUUUGGCCAUCCUGCAGCUGGUGCGGAGGUACAAAAAGCUGAAGGUGGAGAAGGAAGAGUUUGUCACUCUGAAGGCCCUGGCUCUCGCCAAUUCAGAUUCAAUGCACAUAGAGGACAUGGAGGCAGUGCAGAAACUACAAGAUCUUCUCCAUGAAGCCCUUCAGGACUACGAGCUGAGUCAACGUCAUGAGGAACCACGACGUGCAGGAAAGCUGCUGCUGACCCUGCCUCUCCUGCGGCAAACAGCUGCCAAAGCUGUGCAGCACUUCUACAGCAUCAAACUGCAAGGCAAAGUCCCCAUGCACAAACUCUUCCUUGAGAUGCUCGAGGCCAAGGUCUGAUGUGCCCAGCCCCACCUGGAGAGCCCAGGAAACAAACUGGAAAGAGAAGCAGCCGUGGAGGAAACCAAAAAUGGCAGCUGGCUUUUAUUUUCAAUCAUUUACGUGGAGGAAUUAUUUAACGCUCAUCUGGCAGCCUGCCAUCUGAAGAUUAUCAUGUACAGAGAUGGAAACUCUUUUAAUCAAGUUUUUUUUUUUUUUUAAAUUGGUGGGAAAUUCGCAACUAAGCUCUUGCACUUGCAGAGGGAACCAAGGAAAAUUUGGAGUUCUUGAGCAGUGAUGCUCUUUGCACUAUCUAGGGCAGCUGAUUCCUAGCUUUUUCCACCUUCUAAUGAAAGGAUGUGGAGAUCUGAAGCAGGAAAUGGUGGGGUUAAAAAAAUACAGCAUUUAUAGCAUGGUGGUAUGAGAGGAUUUUUUUAAAAAAUGUGGGCAUCAGUAGACCUGGCACUUGAUAAAGUGUGUCAAGGCACAGGACUAUGUGCCAGUUGCUUCUUUGGAAAGGAGCACCUUCAGUCCAAAUUCAAGUUAUUUGUAAUGUGUACAUAGAGGCCUAUUUCCUACUGGGAAGAGCAGGUGUGACUGUGUAAGAUAUUCUGUGAUCUUGAGCAUCUGGCUUUUCCUAUUCUUGUGCAAUCAGAACAUUCUCAGUGGUAGUUGCUACACAAGCUGGAGAUACGAUACAUUCUGGGGAGAGAAAGGUCUUACAGUUUCAGAGGAUGCAGAGAGAACAAGUCCACACCCUGUCGUUUUCCCCCCAAAAAAUUUCCAGCACAAUUCCUUUCUUCUCCUAUAUGUGAUAUUAUUUUUAAAACCUCUAAUCUCCUCCUUUCUUCAACACCUGGCAUGAAUCUCAAGACUCAGACUGCUCACAACAAUCAAGCCAAAAUGAUAACGUGUCCUGAUAGGGCUUUUGUUCAGCUCUUUCAGCAAAUCCUGAUAUUAGAUAGAUCCUUUCAUGGAUUAGGAAAAAAUAUCUCAAACCUUAAUAUGGACUCAUGUUCCAUAUUAAGGGAAUUACCGGUAUAUCAAAUUCCUUAAGGGAAAUGUUUAAUACUUAUUCUCUUAUUCUUUAGCCAUUUGUUUGAAUCCAAUCUAAAUAGCUGCGUGUAGGGAAAUAAAUUAUUUUCAGGCUAAGACAAAAUCAGCAGUAUAUGGGGAUGGCUUCUAUCUCUCUUCCUUUCUAUCACAAUCCUACUUCCUAGAAAACUGCCAUUGGGAGGACAGAUAGCUCUUGCCAGAGUUUGGUCACAAGAAAAGCAGAAGUUGUCCAGCCUUAGUUGCAGACCUAACUCUCAGUUCUUAUGAAUGCCAGGUUAAACUUUGCUGGUAUGUUUUCCCUCACCAGGAGAAAGAUGGUAGAAGUAGAGCCUCAUGGUCAUCAAAAAUUGUCUUCCAAGUUGACCUGGGUCCAGAUUAUCCCUUUGGGAGAUUAGUUGAAUUUCAUCAAAUCACCCCCUGGAACCAAAAGCACAGCUAAUAUCUUUUCUCCUAAUUUGUAAUAUUUCAACAGAAGGCGAUCGUAUUUGGGUUUGUGUUUUCAGACACCUUUUGAGUGUCAGCAAUUAAUUACACUCAAAGAGCCAAGGUAACAAAACAAAUGAAGUUGGUUUAGAAAAGGAGUUUGACACACACACACACACACACACACACACACACACACACACACACACACACACUAACUAUCAUAUACACACUCCAAAACCCCAAUAAAAGCAAUAAAAGACAUAAUUGGGGGGGGGGAGCCUAUUGCCAAGUGGAUGUUAUGCUUCCCAUCUUCCCAUCUCCUCUCCAUAGGCAAUGAGAAAAGAGGCUUUAACCUUUGUAUUUUUAAUUAAUCUCUGCUAUUUUGAGAUUGUAGUCCAAAGGAUUUUAAAAAAAAAAUAAGAUAAAGAGGGGAAAACAAGAGAACACUAAGUUGUGCAAAAUGUUCUUCAUAAAAAAAGUAUUGCUAUGCUACCCACUGGCAACUAUUUGUGGCCAAAGUCCAUUAAAAUAGUAGAAUCUUGUUAUAUUGUCCUGGCAGUUUUGUUUGGGGAAGUGUAAACCUCACUUCUAGAGGAAUGGCAAAGGAUGCGCUGAUUCAUUUUUACUCUUCAAAGUUUGAAAUUUCGUUCCUCUCUUCACAUAGGGUGAAAGGAGAGAGAAGUUCUUUCCACGUAAUUCCAGUGUGUUCCCUUACUGCUUCUAUUGUCCUAACAACAGUUUUUCUCCAAGACAGUAAUCAUUGGUGGAAGAAAAAACAGGCUACCUGUUCCUCAUAUAGAAGUUCCCAGGUAUAUCCUUUGGUGCCUCUGUUUGCAGAUGUGAAAAUCCACUGAAGGAGAUUUUUGAGAGCCACUGCCAAAGAUUAGAUGCUGGGUCAGCUGGAGCAAUAGUCUGAUUUCAUAAGAUAAUUUCUUUAUUCAUGACCUAAUGUUACAGGCACGGUUUAAAUUUCAGUUGAGAGGUAUAUUUCAAAGGCAUGUCCAAGAAGUAUUCCUCCUUGUCACUUAGAGAAAAUAAUAAUAAUAAAAAAAUCAAACAGGAAGGAGGAAGAUCAAUGUAGAAACUAUUAUUGCUUGUUCCUGCACUGAUGAAACUAUGAUUUGCUUCACAAAUUUUUUAAGCCACAAUUUCCUUCAUCAUUCUAUCUUGAGUAAGUCUGAGUUUAAAUCAUAUGGCAUUUUUAAGGCAAAACCAGACAAGUUAAAUCAAUUAACCAGUGGAACAACUUACCUCCAGAAGUUGUGAAUUCUCCAACACUGGAAAUUUUUAAAGAAGAGAUUGGACAAUCAUUUGUCUGAAAUGGUAUAGGGUUUCCUGCCUGAGCAAGGGGUUGGUUAGACAACCUCCAAGGUCCCUUCCAACUCUGUUAUUCUAAUUCUAAAUACAGAUGAUGUCACAUUAUGAUUUAGUACAAUGUGUGAACCUAUUUUUUCAUUGUACAUAACUUGUAGUCAUUUGUAAGCUAAAAUAAAAUCUCUUCACCUUAAAUUUAACUCCUAGCGACUUGAUGGGUGCAUUCUCCAUAGUUUUCUUAGUAGUAAUAUGGAAGUGGCUUUUUUUUUGGCUUCCAGUCUAACCUACAUUUCUGGGAUUUGCUGGGAAUCUGAUAUCCAAUUACUUAUCACCUUUGAUCUUAAAUCACUUUUGAGAUCAGUUAAGAUUGCCUAGCCCUGCAACUGACUGGGGCCAUUCUUAACCUACCCAGACCCACAAUUUCCAGCAUUCAAUUGUCAGUAACAGCAGAAUCUCUGACUCUGACAUGGAAGAAAACUGGGCUCAUAUCUUUGAGCCAUCUAGAAUAUAUUCUACUGAUGUACAAUAUGUUUUAGAAGAAAUGAGGAUCCUGUUUCUCUGCUAUUCACUGGGCCUUUUUAGGAUCAUUAAAACUGACAGCUGCAACACUCUAGUAAAUAGACCAUAUAAUAUUCAGUGAACAUAAGAGAACAAGAAAAAGAAAAGCAUUUUCCUUCGUAUUUGUAGGUGAUCCAGUCUGCCUUAUAUAGGAUAUAAGGGGGCUUUUGCAGCAUGUUUUGGUUUAGCAUGUUCAGUCAUGUCCCAAAGGAAGACUACAAUAGUUUGCCACAGCAGCGAUUUCUGAGGGGCUGAAUACCCUCAACCAGCAAUAGAGAACAGGCAAUCCCAUACGGAAGUGUAUUUGUGAAUGUGCAAAGAUAUAUUUUGUUUUUUACAGCAGUUUAAACAAUCUUGCAUAUACAAUGGUUCAGUGUGAGGAAAGUCUCUUUAAGUACAAGAAUGGUUUGUUAUCUGCAAGUACAAUUAUAGCUUCCAUGGAGUAGGCAAUUCAGAAAUCUUAUCCAAAUGCUAAUCCAGGAUUAGAUUAGGACAAGGCAUGCAGGUAAGUGCCCUCAUUAGGAUAUAGUGAUGACGCUAGCAAAACUCUGCACCUUCCCAAAGAGGUGUAUCAUUCUUCUUCUGAGCCUACACCCAAAUCCUGUGAUGUACUCUCUCCCUUCCAAAGCUUUGCGUAUUUAUACACAGACAAUAGUUGUCUGUGAAACAUAACCUUUUCUGUGAGCCCAGAAGGCAACAGAUGCUGCUCUUGUUUUACAUUCCUCUCUGGAAACAGAGAUCUCUGGCCUUGAAUAGGGGGGGGGAAAUCACUUCCUUGGUUUGAUGGAGAUCAAUUCAGAUCAUUCAUUCCACUUGUAUCUGAGAAAUAAUGGGCAUUACUUUGGAGUGGAAUGUAAAGGAACUCCAAACCCCCAGCCAAACAAUACUGUUUAUGCCAAAUAGGGGUUAUUGUAUUGUUCUUCAUAACUAGAUGCCCAUUCUGAAAUUGUUAAAACUGUAUUUAGAAACCAAGCUAAAACAACUCUAAAAGAAGAGGGGAAAGGGGGGAGAUUAUAAAGAAAGACUGAAGAAUGUAAGCGGUUGAAUUUUUUACAUGUUCAAGCUGUGUUUCCAACUUGUAGCCAUUCUUUAAUGAAUGUGGCCCAAACCAGGCUCAGCUCCUAUAGCUUGAUGCUUAAGACACACCCCUCCCUCUAAAAUGGGAAGCUUGUGCAAAUUUAAGCAAAGUGUCACAGUUCAGAAGCAAAAUCAACAAUAUCUACUCAAUUACUAUUCUCUUUGUGGGGGGAGAAAAAGGCCCUGUUUAAAUUUAAAAAAUGUAUUCUUGUGCUGCAGAUAAUUUCAAACAAACUGAGAAAUAAAACAAUG